UGGACAGCCCAGGCUUCUCAGGGGCUUGAGGCUCAAGAUUGCGAAGCUGUACCCGCGAAAGUCCGGUGCCGAAAGGGUCUCAGGACCAGAAGCAUAUAAUCACGCGUUCUUUAAAGCUUCUCUUGUCCUAAGCUUCGGGUCUUCCGACGGCUACAGUUCCGUGGGAGACGACAUUGUAAGCAGGCGCACUUCGGUCAGCCCUUCCCGGCGUCCCUAGCGACAGCGUCCCGGGGGCCUCUGGGGGCCUCGGGGCAAGAUGGCGGCGUCGGCGGGGUCCGAAAAGCCCGAGCGGAAGCCUCCCGGGCGAGUGUGAGGAGGGGUCCCGGGGUCCCGGGUAUCUCCGGGCCGGGGCCCCGCUGCGGAACGGACCAUGCUACGUUCUACCGGCUUCUUCCGCUCCAUCGACUGCCCAUACUGGGCGGGAGCUCCCGGGGGGCCUUGCCGGCGGCCCUACUGCCACUUCCGGCACCGCGGAGCUCGGGGUCCCGGCGCUCCCGGUAGCGGCGGCGCAGCAUCUCCUGCCGCAGGGCUUGGCUAUGACCCGUACAACCCAGAGCUGCCCCAGCCUCCUGUGCAGAGGGAGAAUGGUGCUCUGGGUCAAGGCGAUGGCAUGCUGGAGCUGGAGCUGGUCAACCAGGCCAUCGAGGCCGUGCGCGGCGAGGUGGAGCUGGAGCAGAGGCGCUACCAGGAGCUCCUCGAGACUGCACGGGGGCACAGUGCUGGGCCUUCAGCCCUGGCGCCUUGCAGCCCUGCCACAAGCAUAGAUGACGAUGACACCUUCUCAUUGGCCCUAACUUACACGCCGGGUGGCCUGCUGAGCCCGGACGCUGCCUACCAGCCCACCCCAUUGGCUGUUCCUGCCGAGCCAGGGCACAAGUACUCACUGGCCCCUUCAGACAGGAGUCAGGGCAGAGCUGCAGGAGGUGCUGGUGCCCUGGAGUAUGUCCCCAAGGCUGUGGGCCAGCCGCGCCGCUGUGGCCGCCCUGUGUCCGGUGGCAAGUAUGUGGUGGAUAGUUCAAAACCUUCAACAGAUCUAGAGUAUGACCCACUAUCCAACUACUCAGCCCGGCACCUUGGCAGGGCCAGUGCCAGGGAUGAGAGGGCCACCAAGCGGCCGCGGGGCUCCAGGGGUGCUGAGCCAUACACUCCUGCCCUCAAGAAGCCCUGUGACUCCUUCGGUGGCUGUGAGGCCAGGUUCUCAGACUCUGAAGAUGAUGUGGCCAGCCCCCCAAAGGCUGAUGUUAGCAGCCCCAAGGCUGGAGCUGACCCUGAAAGCAAGAUGCCUGGGAAGCCUGUCUCCAAGGAGGGCAGAGAGCAUGAGGACGGUGGCCUGCGGGGCACAAAGGAGAUGGCUGUGCAGUAUGACGUGGAAGACCUUGGGCAGCCCCCCAAAGCACUAAACACAGUGUCUGUGGUCAAGCCUGGCUCCCCAGCCAGGGCCUCUCAAGAUGCUAGGGUCCCCAAGGAAGGUAAAGCCAAAAAGAAGAAAAGUGGGACAUCAGCCAGCCUCAGCCACAAGGACAAGGUCCACAAGAAAGACAAAAAGAAAGAGAAAGACCCAGCCAGGCCCCGAGGGAAGGAAAAGGUAUGUGCGGACAAAAAGAAGCUGUCAGCCAGUAACCCCAGGGGGAAGGCCCAGGGGCCUGAAGGGACCAAGAAAAAGCCAUCCUCUGCGACCACAGUGGCCAGCUCAGGGAAAGGGGGGUCAGGCCGCCCCUCCAGCACGGGACCCCAGGACUCUGGGCCUGGUCCCCGUGCACCACUGGCCUGGAAAGCUGGUAGUGCAAAGAAGAUGCCAUCAGGGAAGUUGGUGGAACGCAAGGCCCGCUCCCUGGAUGAAGGAGCUCCCCAGGACACCCCUAAGCUCAAGAAACGGGCCCUGAGCCAUGCUGAACUAUUUGGGGAUGAGAGUGAGGAGGAGGACUCAAGCCUGGGAGCGGGAGCACCCCGGGUCUGGCCCCCAACCCUGCCCAGCCUUAGCUCAGACUCAGAAUCAGACUCCGACUCCAGCCUGGGCCUGGACGAGACAAAGGUGCCCAAGCGUCUCAAGGCCGCGCCGCCCGCAUCCCCCGCGCCGCCCUCCCCAUUGUCGUCCUCCUCCUCGUCCUCGGGAGCCAGCCAGUGUGCAGAGGAGGAUGCGGACUACUUGGCCCUGGAGAAGGAGGUGGACUUCGAUGUGGACCCUAUGGAGGAGUGCCUGCGGAUCUUCAACGAGUCCACCAGCGUGAAGACGGAGGACAAGGGCCGGCUGGCCCGGCAGCCACCCAAGGAGAAGGCUGAGGAGAAGACACAUGCGGGCCUGACCACUUUGUUCCCGGGGCAGAAGAGGAGGGUCUCACACCUUUGCAAGCCAGGCAAGGAGGCAGAGGCCCCAAAGAGGACCCCCGUGGCUCCCCCAGCACGGCCCCCGACUGCUCAGGAGGUGUGCUACCGGCGAGCACAGCUAGCACAGAGGGACUCGGCCAGUUGGCUACAGGCCGCCCCGCGGCCAACUGAGAGGCUCUCCUCCGUGCACAUCUCAGCGCCCGGGGAGAAGAGGAGGAUUGCUCACGUACCCAACCCCCGACUGGCUGCUGCCCCCACAGGUGCCAAGAGGGCGCUCUCUGCCAGCAGCAGCCAGGCGUCCCACGGCCCCGAACCUGGCAGCCAGCCACUGAAGACACGCACAUUGUCAGGGAUGGCAUCUAAGACAACCACCACCGUCACCCCCAAGCGCAUCGCCCACAGCCCAUCACUCCAGAGUCUAAAGAAGCCCGUUAUCCCAAAAGAAUUUGGCGGCAAGGUUCCCACUGUGGUCCGCCAGCGCUAUCUCAACCUGUUCAUUGAGGAGUGUCUCAAGUUCUGUUCGUCCAACCAGGAGGCCAUUGAGAAGGCCCUGAAUGAGGAAAAGGUGGCGUAUGACCGCAGUCCCAGCAAGAACAUAUACCUGAACGUGGCCGUGAACACCCUUAAGAAGCUAAGGGGCCUGGUCCCCAACACCGUGCCCAACCUCAGCAAAGCCAGUGGCCGCAGGGUUGUGUCCCAUGAGGUUGUACUGGGGGGCAAAUUGGCAGCCAAAACCAGCUUCUCACUGAGCCGCCCCAGCAGCCCACGGGUAGAGGAGCUGAAAGCACUGACAUGCAGUGCCCCUGCAGGGACUGCCCUGUACAGCCGCCUCAGGGAGUACCUGCUCACUCAGGAGCAGCUGAAGGAGAAUGGCUACCCCUUCCCUCACCCAGAGCGCCCAGGGGGUGCUGUCAUCUUCACAGCCGAGGAGAAGAAACCCAAGGACCCCUCCUGCAGAAUUUGCUGUCGCUGUGGCACAGAGUACCUUGUGUCCUCCUCGGGCCGCUGCGUGCGCAGUGAGGAGUGUUACUACCACUGGGGGCGGCUGCGGCGGAAUCGAGUGGCUGGGGGCUGGGAGACCCAGUAUAUGUGCUGCUCAGCUGCCGUCGGCUCUGUAGGCUGUCAGGUUGCCAAGCAACACGUGCAGGACGGCCGGAAGGAGAACCUGGAGGGCUUUGUGCGCACCUUCCAGAAGGAGCUGCCCGAAGAUGCCCAUGCCGGGGUCUUUGCCCUCGACUGUGAGAUGUCCUACACUACAUAUGGCCUGGAGCUGACCCGAGUCACAGUUGUGGACACAGACAUGCAGGUCGUGUAUGACACCUUUGUCAAGCCUGACAAUGAAGUUGUCGACUACAACACCAGGUUCUCAGGGGUGACAGAGGCCGACCUUGUGGACACGAGCAUCACGCUGCGGGACGUGCAGGCUGUCUUGCUGAGCAUGUUCAGCGCUGACACCAUCCUCAUCGGACACAGCCUGGAGAGCGACCUGCUGGCUCUCAAGGUCAUCCACGGCACAGUGGUGGACACGUCUGUGCUGUUCCCACAUCGCCUGGGCCUGCCCUAUAAGCGCUCCCUGCGGAACCUCAUGGCUGACUACCUCAGACAGAUCAUCCAAGACAAUGUGGACGGGCACAGCUCCAGUGAGGAUGCCAGUGCCUGCAUGCACCUUGUCAUCUGGAAGAUCCGAGAAGAUGCCAAGACCAAGCGAUGACUCCCACCCAACAUUACCAUGUCACCCCCCUUCUUCCAUCCCUGGCUGCCCUCAGCCCCGAUGCCCUCGGCCUCUUUUCAAACUCUGUAAUAAAACAUGACAGCUGACCACGCGCCUCCCAAGCUCCAGCUGCAGGUCUGCAGUGAGCAGCCCAGAGCCGGGGCUGAGACCAACCCUCAGCCCAGCCCCACACCUGCCCAACGUGUCAUCACCUCCUCCCCCAGUCCUGUCCCCUGGAGCCUGCUGCAGCCCAGGGCAGAGCUGGCCUAGCCUCUGUGCCCCAGUCAGGCGCCCCCACUUCUACCCCAGCCCACUGCUCCAGACAGUGGGCCCUGCCUUCUGCUUCUUUGUAUAUAACGCAGGCAACAGGACAAGCCCUCAUGGUUUGAGACAGGGGUUGUCUUUUUUUACUUUAUACUGUUAUUUUUAUUAAUUUUUAAUUUAAACCUGCUGACCCGCACACCUCCUCAGCUGAGGGGUCCAACCCUGGUACUGCUGGGAUCCAGGGACUGAACCCCACAUGGUCAGUCCCAUGGGCCUGGAUGUUUGCCCUGCCUUGUGGGGUAGCUUCCAGAACUCACCCUAGCCCACCAGGGCUCCCCAACCUCAGAACCAAGCCAGCCCCUUGGCCUGACCUUCCAGGGCCUCUGGGCUGUCAUCCUGGGGGCUAUUGCCUCCUCUGUGAGUAGAAACAGAAUAAAUGUUUGUAUGAACUUUA